AUUUCCAAAAUGGCCUCUCCCACUGCGUCAAAGUUCUGAGUGCGCACGCGCGAAAGUAAGUUUUUUUUUCUCUCUCUUUCCUGGCAAAAUGGCGAUGAGUUUAGUGUGCGGCCGCCGGCAGCUUCUGCGCCUCCUACGACACCAGCGUUCGUUCCACAGCGUCGCAGGGUCCCGCAAACCGCCGGCCACCGAGCUCCUCGUCGCAGCCCGCCUGGGCGGUGGGCGCCCACACUACGCUCUUCUCGCCGCCUCAAACCCUCGCUGCAUCAGUACUUCUGGCACCUUCUUUGCAGAAGCCCAGGUAAGAGGGCACCCCCCCGUUGCUCCUGCUACCCCCACCCCUCCUGCGGUACCUGAGGUGGCUUCCGGAGGAACCGCAGAUGCCGUCCAGUGUGCUGCAGAACAGAGCUUCGCUGAACUGGGGCUGGGGUCUUACACCCCAGUGGGACUCAUCCAGAACCUCUUGGAAUUUAUGCAUGUUGACCUGGGCCUGCCUUGGUGGGGGGCCAUUGCCACCUGUACGGUCAUUGCCCGCUGCCUCGUUUUUCCUCUGAUUGUGAAGGGCCAGCGAGAAGCAGCCAAGAUCCACAACCACAUGCCAGUGAUGCAGAAGUUUUCCACUCAAAUCCGAGAGGCCAAAUUGGCAGGGGAUCAGGCUGAGUUUUACAAGGCCUCCAUCGAGAUGACGCGCUAUCAGAAAAAGCAUGAUAUCAAACUCUUCAGGCCUCUCAUUCUUCCUCUCACUCAGGCCCCCAUCUUCAUCUCCUUCUUUAUUGCCUUGAGAGAGAUGGCCAAUCUGCCCGUGCCCAGCCUACAGACAGGUGGGCUCUGGUGGUUCCAGGAUCUCACGGUGUCUGAUCCCUUCUACGUCUUGCCACUGGUAGUCACUGCCACGAUGUGGGGUGUCCUUGAGCUAGGUGCUGAGACAGGCAUGCAGAGCUCUGACCUCCAGUUCAUGAGGAACAUCAUCCGAGUGAUGCCCCUAGUGGUCUUGCCCGUGACCAUCCACUUCCCCUCGGCAGUGUUCAUGUACUGGCUCUCCUCCAAUUUGUUCUCGCUGUGCCAAGUGGCCUGCCUCCGGAUUCCAGCUGUGCGCACAGUGCUCAAAAUCCCCCAGCGCGUUGUACAUGAUCCUGACAAAUUGCCUCCUCGGGAAGGCUUCUUGAAGAGCUUCAAAACAGGCUGGAAGAACGCUGAAAUUGCACAUCAGCUCCGGGAGCGUGAACAGCGGAUGCAGAAACACUUGGACCUAGCUGCCAGAGGUCCCUUACGACAGACUUUCACCCACAACCCUCUGCUACAGCACAAUCCAAGCCACCCUCCCAACACCCCCAACAGCAGCAGCACCAGCAGCAAGCCCAAGUCAAAGCCUUGGCACGACACACUUGGCUGAUUCCUGCUCUCUGCUCAUUCUGACAAGAGCUCUGCAUCUGCACGGACUCCUCCAAAAGGACAAUGCUGUGUGCUCGCCCCAGACCUGGGAACUCUGGGUUUGGAAGUGUUCGUUCUAAAAAAUUGUUUCCACUACAGACUAUUACUCGUGUAUAAAAGAGCACUAGAGAGCCAAGCGACCCUCUCAUCCACAGAGUUAGUAAACGUCUGUCUUGUC